AUGAGCUCCGAUAACAACGAGGACCUCGUCAAUGUCUUUGGGGAUCUGAACCUGGACAUAGAGGCUCCCACCGAGCAUUCGGAUGCCGAACCGACUCCGGAAGCACAGGCUUUCCUCGGGCUACCACAACACGUCCGUCGUACGGCCUAUAAAGAAGUCUUUUCGACGGUAACCCAGCUGGCUGUCGAACCGUGGCAGCUACAUUCCAAUCCUAGUGACUUGGCUCUCUUCAAGGCCUUUGUCAAAAAGGAGACCGAAGGCAAAGGAACGUCUUCCCUCCUCAGAUCCGUAUGCCGUCAGCAUAUUUCCCCUCUUGAGAUCCUGAAUGAUCGGCAACUCUAUCAGGAAGCAGCAGACGUUAUUGCGACCGUCGAUUGCACAUUGUCCGUCCCGGCGGAUAUCGCAGUCGAAUUCUUUAUGAAAGUCCUGAAGGAUCCUUCUCUUUCUAGGCUCAUCACAAGCAUUCGGUUCGCGAACAUGUUGGAGGUCAUGGAGUAUGGCCAUAACAAAAAAUGGACCAAACAACAAAAAAAGGUCGUCCCUCGCCCCGGACUGCUGAUUCUUAGCUUUCCAAACCUCAAGCAAGUUUCCGUGGAGACAUGUGUUUCCGACAUUGGCCAAUAUCUUGAGAAGUUGCCAGAAGCAGCUAAAGACGCUGGCAAGCAGGAUAAUCAUAUGCUAGCGUGGAGCAUCGCCGAGCUCGCAGUCGCAAGCAAGCAGAAACUACUACAGGUGGCGGCCACUGGCGGGCGUAUACCAGUUCACGACAGGACUCAGCAUCUUUCGCAGGUCGUUAAGUUUGCCCGCGAUUUUUAUGGCAAACAAAUUACGGAGGAACCUGCUCCGUUCGGUAGAGAACAGCCAAAAGUGGUCUUCGAACUCUACCUUGUCCAAGACCCAGCCAGGGGUCGACCAUUUUGCGAUGGUGUUCGAGCUUACGUUCGAAUGGGACCAGACGACACCUUGAAUCUCGUGAGUGCGGAGCCACCAAUCCCUCGACACCUUGACACUCUGUGGCACGCCAUGGACUAUGGUCGAGUCAAUCAAAUCCCACGUACCUGGUCUGAUGUCGAUACUCCUUCUGUUGACCUGACUAGUCCGAUAGACUGGAACCCGUUCAGACCUGCUCGUCAAUAUCCUUGGGUAAACUUGCCAGAGGAGUACAAGACCGGCUUUGGGAGCUGGGCUAAAGCGAUUGAUGAAUUGGCAGGAAGACGUGUCGCGAGCAAUCUGAAUAUCUGGGAUGAUGCUCAGCGAGUGGGUGGCGCGGAUUAUGGCAACAUAGAUGCUUAG